GCCAGCCCCGGGAGGCCCCGGCAGCGGGACGAGGCCGCAGCGGCGGCUCCGCGGGGCCGGGCCAUGGAGAGCCCCGGCGGCAGCGGCUCCCUGCGGGGCGACAUCAGUUUCUGGGCCGACAGGACGCCGGUGCACGAGGCUGCCCGGAGAGGGGAGAUCCUGCAGCUGCAGCAGCUGAUCGAGAGCGGCGCCUGCGUCAACGCCGUCACCUACGACUCCAUCACGCCCCUGCACGAGGCCAGCCUCAGGGGACAGACCCAGUGUGUCAAACUGCUGCUGGACGCGGGCGCCCAGGUGGACGCGCGGAACAUCGACGGCAGCACGCCGCUGUGCGACGCCUGCGCCUCGGGCAGCGUGGAGUGCGUGCGGGUGCUGCUGUCGCACGGAGCCAAGGUCAACCCGCCCCUGUACACGGCCUCGCCCCUGCACGAGGCCUGCAUGAGCGGCAGCCCGGAGUGCGUGCAGCUCCUGAUCGAGGUGGGUGCCAACCUGGAGGCUCACGACUGCCACUUCGGGACCCCCCUGCACGUGGCCUGUGCCCGGGAGCACCUGGACUGUGCCAAGCUGCUCCUCCAGGCAGGAGCCAACGUGAACGCCGCCAAGCUGCACGAGACGGCGCUGCACCACGCGGCCAAGGUGAGGAACGUGGACCUGGUGGAGCUGCUGGUGGAGUUCGGGGGCAACAUCUACGCCCGGGACAACCGGGGCAAGAAACCCUCGGAUUACACCUGGAGCAGCAGCCCCACGGCCAAGUGCUUCGAGUUCUACGAGAAGACCCCUCUGAGCCUGGCCCAGCUGUGCCGGGUGACGGUGCGGCGCGCGGCCGGCCAGCGCGGCCUGGACAAGAUCUCCAAGCUGGAAAUCCCCCCCCGGCUCAUCCAGUACCUCUCCUACAACUGACAGAGCCAGGAGGAAUUCCUGGGAUUCCCGGGAAAAACCCCACAGGACCGGAGUUCUCCUUCUCUUCUACCUCCCCCCCACCAAAAAAAAAAACCCCGCUUUAAUUUAAUUUCAGGCACUGCUGUAAAUAGGAUUUGUCAGGAUUUGUCCUCUUUUCCGUGAGUUUUCUUGGAAUUUCCCGGGUGGAAUUUUAGGUGAUUUUCCCGGAUUUCCUCGGUGGCAUCCAGCCAGGGGGGAGGGAAAUGGGAUAACCGGGGAGUGGGAAUCAUCCCAGCUGGGAAUUCCUUGCUCUGGAGCAGCUCUGAUCCCAUUUUUCCCUGCAGAGACCCCUCUGAUCCCAUUUUUAUCCCAUUUUUUCCCAUUCCUGAUCCCAUUUUUCCCUGCAGAGACCCCUCUGAUCCCAUUUUUUUCCCCCAUUUUUCCCAUUUCUGAUCCCAUUUUCAUCCUGUUUUUCUCUGCACAGACCCCUCUGCACCUAUUUCCAAUCCCAUUUUUCCCUUUUUUUUCCCAUUUUUCCCUGCAGAGACCUCUCUGAUCCCAUUUUUCCUGGUUUUAUCCCAUUUCUGAUCCCGUUUUUUAUCCCAUUUUUCCCUGCAGAGACCCCUCUGAUCCCAGUUUUCCCGUUUUUAUCCCGUUUUUCCCUGCAGGGAUCAUCCAUCCCCUUUUGGAUGAUCCAGCCUGGAAUGAUCCAGGGCCCCUUUCCCUGCUGGCUGCAGAGGGACUGGGAGGGAAAAUCCUUGGAUUCCCAAAUCCUUGGGUUUGGAUGGGAUCCCACCUUUGGGAAUAACUCUGGUGACAGCUGCAAGCCCGGCUGGGGGCAAAUUAAUUCCCUGUUAAUUCAUUAAUUCCCUAAAUGAAUUCCCUAAAUUAACGAGCUCAGGGCUAAUUAGAGGCACUUGCAGCUCGUUUAUUUUUGGGAAUUUUUCGGGUUUUCCAGGAGCAUCCAGAGGCUUUGGAUCAACACCAGGAAUGAGGAGAGGCCUGGGAUUGGCUGUGUCCCAUUCCCAUUCAAAUUCCCAGUCCCAGUCCCAUUCCCAUUCAAAUUCCCAAUCCCAUUUCCACUCAAAUUCCCAAUCCCAUUCCCAUUCAAAUUCCCAUUCCCAGUUCCAUUCCCAUUCAAAUUCCCAAUCCCAAUCCCAUUCCCAUUCAAAUUCCCAUUCCCAGUCCCAUUCAAAUUCCCAUUCCCAGUCCCAUUCCCAGUCCCAUUCCCAGUCCCAUUCCCACAUCCCAGGACGUUCCCUGAUCCCAGAUUUGAUUUCCCCCUCCCUCGAGAUCCCGUGGGAUGCAGCAGGGCUGGGUUCUGCCUGGAAGUUUGGGAAUUUUGGGAUUGAUUUUCCCCCUUUGGAGCUCUUUUCCCAAUGCCAGUUUGGGAUUGGGAUUCCAGGGAUUGGGAUUGGGAUUUCAGGCCUGAAUCCCAGCUGGAAUUCCUGGAAUUCCUUGGGCACCUGGGGCUUUGUCCUUGGAUGUUUGAGCUGGGAUUCUCAUCCCCCUUCCAGGUUUUCCAUUUUCCCCCCAAUAAUCCUGGAAAAUCCCAGAGUUUCCCCACGAGAACAAAUUCCUGCAGAAAUCCUGGAAUCCACUGGGGAUCCAGGCUGGGAAUGCUGAGCUGGGGCUGAAUGCACUUUAUGGGGUUUUUAGUUUAAUUUUCAUUUUAUUUAUUCCUCCCUUCCCCUUUUCAGCCUGGAAAUCCCAAACCCUGCUGUUCUCAUCCCGAGUUUUGGGCUGGGAUUCCCGGAAAUGUGGAACUGGGGAAGCUCAGGGAUGCCCCAGAGGGGUUUUGUUUUUGUGGGAUUCAUCCCUGGGAAGGGCAGGAAAAAGGAUUUGUGGGAUAGUUUAGGGAUCCCAAAUCCCUUCUUAGGGUUCCCAAAUCCCUUCUGAGGAUCCCAAGUCCCUUUUUAGAGUUCCCACAUCCCUUUUUAGGGAUCCCAAGUCCCCUUUUAGGGUUCCCAAAUCCCUUCUUAGGGAUCCCAAAUGCCAUUUUAGUAUCCAAGAUCCCUUUUUAGGGUUCCCAAAUCCCGUUUUAGGAUCCCAGAUCCCUUUUUAGGGUUCCCAAUUUGCCUUUAGGGAUCCCAGAUCCCUUUUUAGGGUUCCCAAUUUGCCUUUAGGGAUCCCAAAUCCCUUUUUAUGGUUCCCAGAUCCCCUUUUAGGGAUCCCAAAUCCCUUUUUAGGGUUCCCAAAUCCCAUUUUAGGAUCCAAGAUCCCUUUUUAGGGUUCCCAAAUCCUGUUUUAGGAUCCCAGAUCCCUUUUUAGGGUUCCCAAUUUGCUUUUAGGGAUCCCAAAUCCCUUUUUAGGGAUCCCAAAUCCCCUUUUAGGUGUUUUUUUCCAACCCUCCCCACACGGGUACAAUAAUGGAAUUAAAAAAUCCAAGUUUCCCUUGGAAAAGCAAAAAGAUUCCUUGAAGAACCAAGAGGAAAUUCCCCAAAUCCCGUGGGUUCCAUCUUCAUUUUCCCCCGAGUCUGGAGCCUUUCUGGGGGAAUCCCAAAGUUUGGGGGGUUUUUAUUUUGAAUCCAUUGGAGGAAUUCCUGCUGCUGGGAUUCAGGAGAGCUUCAGGCACCAUCCUGGAAUUCCAGCUUGGAAAACUGGGAAUGACGUUUGGGCUGUGGCCUCUCCUGAUCCAUGAAUCACUGGGAAUAAUUCCAUUUAUCCCAUUAAUUCCAAUUCCAAGCCAAUCCCAGUUUAUUUGAUCCCAGCUGGAAUUUUUUGGGAUCUUCCCUUGCAUUUUUAGGAGCAUCUGGAUCUCCUCUGGGUCAAGGAUUGGGAUGAAAACCUCGGAGAAUCCAAGGACCCAAAUCCCUCUUGGAUCACAGAGCCUGGAGGGGGGGUGUCUUUCCUGGGGAUUUAUAGGAUUUUGGGAUUUCUGGGAAUGCCAGAAGCAGCUGAAUCCUUGGAAUAAUGGGAAUAAACUCCUGGAUUGGGCCUCGUUGGUUUUUGGGUCACUUUGGGACAAUCCCUUCACCCUUUAUUCCCAAAUCCAGGCCUGGAUCCAUCCCAAAUCCCACCAGGCUUUAUCCUCCCCUUCCCAGGCGUCCCAAAUUCCAAACCCAGCUGAAAAAUUUCCGGAUAAUUCCUCUUCCAUGGGGCUUUCCUGUGGAUCCAGCAGGGCAGGGAGUGAUCCAAAAUAAAAAAAAAAAUUCCAGCUGGGAACAAGAUCCAUGGAAAUCUUUGGGAUUUCUCCUGGCUGGAAUUUGGGCUGGAGAAGGGGAGCUGGAUCCUGGCAGCUUUUCCCAAAAUUUGAUGUUUAUCCUGGGAAAACAAGGUGGGAUUGAAGCCAUUCCUUGGGAAGCUGGAAAAUUUCACUCCUGGAUCCCCUGGAUGAGGGAAAUCCCUGCAGGGUUUGUGCUGCAGCUUCCCAAAUCCCUGGAAAAACUGGGAAAGGGACAACUCCCACCAAAAGCAAGACUGGGAUUCCUGCUUUGCACCUUCGGGGGUCUUGGUGUGAGGGGAAAACAUUCCCAGGAGUUUUCCUGAGCUUUGCAUCCCUCAGAUCCUCUGGAAUGGGGAGCUGGAAUUCUGUCCCACCUCUGGCUUUGGGAAUAAAUCCACCCAAACAUCCAGAGGAUUUCCCUGAGCUUUCCCACAGGCGCUCCUGCAGAUCUUCCUGGUGCCCAUCCCAAAUUUUUGGGUGGAUCUGGGGAGUCGGGAGAAAAAUCCCUGGAGCACCAGGUCGUGGCUUUAACCCCAAAAUCGACAUUUCCCAACUCCCACCCAGCCCUCAAACCCACAGCAGGGAUCCAAUCCCAAUUCCUUGGGAUUUCUGGAGAACUGGAUGAAUCCUUUGGCUUUUCCCACCCCUCCUGCACGUCACCAGGGACAAAAUCCUCGGAUCCCAAAAAAAAAAAAAAAAAAAAAAACCCAAACUCCUUCACUUUGAGAUGGGUCCUGAGCUUUUGGUGGUGCCCUGAAACCGAGAUCCCGGAUUUUCCCUGGGUUCAGGCGCUCGGGAAAUGCUGGAAAGGGGAAGAACUCUUCAGUGCUGGGAAUUUGGGCACCUGGAAUUCAUUCCUGAUCAAAGCUCGGGAAGGGUUCAGGUUAUUCCUGAUUAAAAUUCACUCUGGAAAAGUC